AUGAUUUUUUCAAAGCUAGAUUUUUUCUCUUCUCAGUUUUCUUUUAACACUGGUAAUCAUUAGGCGAAGAGAGGGACUUUGUUUGGAACUGUACUUUCGUUCAUUGUAUUUACUACAACGAUUGUAUAUUUUGUUUACAUUUUUACGCAGUAUGUUACCAAUCAAAUCGACCCUAUCUUUAGAUCUUAAAGUAUAAUAAGUUAAUAUUAAAUCGAGACAGAAUUAAAUAGCGAUUUAAUUGGGUUUAGAUUUGAAUAUGGCAGUAGUUCUUAUGAAGAAUUAUAUCCUAAAAACUAUACUUAUUUGGUAUAUUUAGCCUACCUUUAAUACACUACUCCUGAUAUUAGCAUACUAAUUCCACUAAAUGUUACUGACUGUACAAAUCCUGAUCUUGAAGGAUUCAAAUGUCUGGAUUUUUCAAAUGUAAAGAAUUAUACACUGUUUCUUAACACAGAUAAAAAUAUGAAAUCUACAGUUUAAGUACAAACUUAUGGUUGCAGAGAUAUUGAUACUUUGAAAACUACUAUUCCUGAUAAUUGUGCAGAUUAAUCUCAAAUUGAUAGUAUGAUUAAUGGUAUAAACUCUAUUUUAAGGUUUAAAAUUUACACAUCUCAAUAUAAUACCGCCACGCAAUAGAAAGAAGUUAACUAUAGAAAUGCAUAUGUCUACACAGUGGCUAAUUAGUAAAUAGUAACGCAAUUAAAAACCCAAAUUUAAAAUACUUAGAUAAAAUAAGGUUUAAUAGUGUAAUCAUCAAACAAUUUUACAUCACCAAUUUAAUGUACUUAAUAAGAUUAAAGUAUUGAUAGAAAUUAUGCUCUUGUCCAAAUAGGGGCUGGAGCCUAUAACAUGAUGAUAUUAAUGGUUGAUGAGAUCGUUUAGCAUAUUUAAAUUUAAUAUCCUACAUUGCCUCAGGUUUUAGCCUUAGUAAGCAGUAUAUUUACUCUAUUAAUGAUGCUUGGUAUUUUUGGUAGAAUAGUUUCUUAAAAAUCAAUUUAAUAAGACUUAUUAAUACUUUUCUUGAAGUGUAUAUAUCAAGAUAGUUAUUUAGGUUUACUAAAAAAAACUAAUAAUAACACUCUAUGCAAAUAAUAAUAAACUUAAUAAUAGAUUAUAACGAAUCAAGAAAAUUUAGUUGGUGGAGAAUUAAGAUAAAGUGAGGCUAAAGAAACAGAUGAUGAUAAAAUAUAAGAAAAAGACUAGUAAGUAACUAUUCCAGCUUUUUAUAAUAGACAAAAAAAAUCUUUGGACAUAGAAUAAUUAAGUAACAAUAAUACAUACAAUAUUGAAAAUAUGCUAUUUGCGCAUAAUAACUACCAAUCAAGUAAUAAUAGUUAAUCACCAUAAUCGAUGUAUUAAUCAAUUUAUCAAGAUAAUAUAAUCGAUGAAAUUAAUUAAGAAAAUUCAAAUAAAAAUAGACAUAUAAUUAAUGAAAUAGAAUCUGAUAAUAAAUAUUCAGACACAAAUCAAAAGUAAAACUAGUAAAAACGAAAUUUUUCAAGCUACAUUUCUUAAAAUAAUAUUAAUAGAAAAUAUAAUUUUAAUAAUCGGAUGAGCCAAUUUUAGUUUAAACUUUAAAAUAAGAAGUGCUAUAGAUUUAAUAACAAAAAAGCAAAUCUGAUGGAAAAUUUGAAAGUCAUUUAAGAUAUCAAUUGCUCAAACAAAAUAUAAUAAGACUUAAGAAAUAUAAGAAAAAAAAUGGAGGAUAUUAAUAAAAAGCAACUAUAAAAUAUUGAGUAGUAAAUAAAAAAAGACAUGAAUAUUUUUAACUUUAUUAAGGAUAUCAUCUUAGUAAAAAAAGCAAUUAUGAUGAUUCUAACUAAAGAAUAACUAGCAGCUCUCCAUCUUGUAAGCUGUUCUUCAAAUUACUUAGAUGUAGACUUAAAUAAUGUUGAAUCUGAUGUAGAUGAAUUAGAACAAAGGUUAAAUUUAAGCCAUUAUGAAAAACAGUUAGCCAUUUUACAGUCAGAGAAAUUCUAAAGUUAGUACUUACAAGAUUUCUUAUCAAAGUUUUCUGAUGAUGAAAAUAUAAACGAAAUAGACAUCAGAAUCUUAUCAUCAAUAAAAAAAUGUCACUUAAAUUGA